AUGUACUCAACCUCAGGCAUACGUGUCUCACCUCUAAUGCAGCGGCCUCAGCCAUCUGCCAUCCAGAUGGAAGACGCGUUUCAUCAGCUGGCUCCCGACGGAGAUGUCAUCCUUGUCGUACAGGCUCCAAGUACCGCUUUUGCAGUCUGGGCAGAAACCCAACCUGCGACAGAAACUGACCGACCGAAAGCGCGAAUGCGAGUGUCUUCAAGCCACCUAACCUUGGCUUCUGCCUAUUUCAAGGUCAUGUUCAGAGGCGACUGGAAAGAGAAGCACACUCUCAGUUCUGACGGGUCUGUGUCUAUCUCGAUGGAGCACUGGCCUAGUGAGAUGUUGAUCCUGAUGAACAUCAUCCAUGGCCAUACAUUCAAAAUCCCCCGGGCUCUCCCCCUCGAAAAGCUGGCCAAGCUCGCGGUUCUUGUCGACUACUACCAAUGCUUCGAAGUGGUCGAGGUGUACUCAGAGAUGUGGAUUAAUCAUUUAAAUGCGGACUUCCCAAAAGCAUACUCGAGAGACCUCAUUCUGUGGAUAUGCAUUUCUGAGGUUUUCCGUCGACCAGAGCAGUAUAAAGCGGCUACGAGAAUCGCCAUCAGGGAAAGUCAUGGACCCAUCCCGACUCUGGGACUGCCAAUUACAACAAAAACCGUCGACAGAAUCGAGGAGCAGCGGCAAAAACUUAUCGAUCGGACUGUGAAAUCACUGCACAAUUUUCUCAUCUCAUACUGCAAACACGUUGAGAACCCUUCUGAUCAUGAUUUUUUAAGUCUCGGUGUUUUCACCCUGGAAAUGAUGCGUCUCGAUCUUCUUUCCCCGAGGCCAAAAAAGCCUUUCCGGGGCCACAGUUUCGAAAGGAUCGCUAUUCGUCUCCAUAAUCUGCCGUCGCAGUUGCCCUCUAUUUCGUCCUUUCCACCUGAUCAACAGCAUCGUCCGGAUACUCUUUCUCUGUCGCACGCAAUCAAUGGUAUGAUGGACGUCAGCACGGAGGGAUUGGUGCUGGAAAAGGUUUAG